AUGUGGGUAAGUGAUUUAGGUAAAGAGAGUGGUGUUUCGCCUUACAAUGAGCAAAUAAGUGUUUGGCUCAUCAAUGGCAAUAUUAAAGACACUUGUGACGGGUUGAAUGCAACUUGCUAUCUCAACGACUACUGUGGCCCAAACUCUUCAAGUGGAUCUGGAUCUAACGCCAACUCUGCUUCAGCUCCUGCUUCAGCUUCUGCCGCUGGAUCUCUGUCAUCUUUAAUCUCUUCUUCGGGGUUUAACUCGCCCUCUAAUGCCAGAUCGGUUUCAGCUCCAAGUUCGUCCUUCGCACCAUCCGUCGUUUCCAUGCAAGCCUCGGAAGGUAAUCUAGCCAGCUCUCUUGAAUCCGUUUGGGCCUCAGGGGCCGCUUCUUUGAGUGCACUCUCACCCAGUUCCGCACUUAGGGUUUCCUCGGCAGGAUUCAGUUACGAAAACAUCACCAGCACUGAAGUGACUACCCAUCCCAUGUCAACGACAGUGAUAACAGUGACGUCCUGUUCCGAGCACAAAUGCUUCGAAACACCAGUAACGACUGGAGUGACCACUAUCUAUGAGGCUUCGACGGCGUAUACUACUUACUGCCCUCUAAGUGGCAAACCAGUACUGCCCACUGCGGUCUCAGAGGUUCCCUCCUAUCUCUCUCAUUUUUCGAGCUGGUUGACUGGUGAACAUUCGGCAGAUAUGACAGGAGCAAGCUCUACAGGUACAACAUCAACUUCCGGAGCAACUUCGGCUCAAAUGACUACUGGCUCUGUUACCUCUGUCGCGACCAGUACGUCAGUAUCGACUACUGCUUCAGGUGGUGGAAAAACGUCCUUGAGUGUACAAUCUGCCCUACCAAGCUCCGUCAGUACCAGCUCCACGGCGUCUUUGGAGACUUUUACAGGCAACAAUGGUAUCAAUGUUAUGGUCUCUAAAGGCUGCGUUCUCGCUGCUGCGGCUCUCGUACUAUUGUAA